CCGUGAGCCCAGGCCUCACAGGGGCUGAAGAGGCAUAGAGAUCUUAUCUUAUCUGAUCUGCGGGACCCCCCUUGUCCGCAUGUUUGUGGGAAUGUUUGAUGGAGAGGUGCUAAGCGUUUACAACCAAAUCCUUGAUACUCCAGAGAACGAUCGUGCCGCAGGUGUUUUAUGACUUGCUGUCGGAAGAUUUUGCUUGACUCAAUCUUGCAAGUGGUAUUCUCGUCACAAGGUAGGUUAGCCACUCUUGUCUUCCAUGUAGCCUGACUCAGGAAUUUAGUGGUAGGGGAGAGAGGACACUUAGAGAACGCGCCCACCGAAGCAUAGAACACAACACGUUCAAUUGCUGAUACUUCUGUCGAACCCUCCUCUUUGCUCAACGUGUGCGAUCAUGGCUUCUCACGGUCAAAAGGGCCUGCCGCCUGCAGAUGAACCGGGUCAACCUCCCAACUUGACCACCAGCGCCUUAGCAGACAAAGCACAUGCAAUGAGCUUGGAACAAAAGAUCACACCAUUCGAAGUGUCUGGGGGCGUCGAUGAGAGUGGCAAGCUACUUCCCGUCGACUACGAAAAGCUCACACGACAAUUCGGCGCAACCCAGAUUAGCCCACAACUGCUUGAGAGGUUCGAAAAGGUGACGGGGAAGAAACCACACAGAUUCAUGCGGCGAGGUAUCGUCUUCUCGCAUCGCGACCUGGACAAGAUUCUGGACAGAUACGAAAAAGGUGAACCCUUCUAUCUCUACACUGGCCGAGGUCCCAGCAGCGACAGCAUGCACGUUGGACACUCAAUUCCUUUCGAAUUCACGAAAUUUCUACAAGACACUUUCGAAUGUCCGCUCGUGAUACAACUGACGGAUGACGAGAAGUUCAUGCACUCUGAGAAGAUCACCAUUGACGACACCGGACGCUUCUCGCGGGAGAACGCAAAGGACAUCAUUGCAAUCGGCUUUGACCCGGCCAAAACCUUCAUCUUCUCCGACUACGACUACAUGGGCGGUCCAUUUUACAAGAAUGUGACGGCUAUGGCGAAGCGUAUCACCAUGAACCAGAUCGAGGGCACAUUUGGUUUCAACGGCAGCAACAACGUUGGCGAGUUUUUCUUUUGUGCGAUUCAAUCAGCCCCGGCGUUCGCAACAUCCUUUCCUCACAUCUUCGGCGAAAAUACCAACAAGGUGCGAUCAAUACCGUGCCUGAUCCCCUGUGCUAUCGACCAAGACCCUUACUUCCGUCAAUGUCGUGACAAUGCCGAAAAGAUGAAGUUCAAAAAGCCCUCUAUAAUACAUUCGGUCUUCCUUCCAGCCUUGCAGGGGCCAGGUUCGAAAAUGUCCUCGAGCGUGGACUCAUCUGCCAUUUUCCUCACCGAUACCCCCAACCAAAUCAAGAACAAGAUCAACCGUUACGCCUUCUCUGGAGGACAGGAUACUGCUGAAAAGCAACGGGAGUUAGGUGGAGACACCAAACAAGAUGUGCCUUUUCAAUAUUUGACCUUCUUCUUGGAGGACGAUGAUGAGUUGGCACGCAUCAAGAAGGCAUAUGAGUCCGGUGAGAUGAUGACGGGUGAAAUCAAGCAGAUAUGCAUCAAGCAUUUGCAAGAGUAUGUCGCUACUUUCCAGGCUCGGAGGAAAGAGGUCACGGAGGCAGUGAGGGAGAACUUCGUGGAGCGGAAGAAGCUUGAGUACAAGGGCAAUCCGAAUCCCAAAACUGCUUGAGCAUUACUGCUUGAGCAUUACUGCUUGAGCAUUACUGCUUGAGCAUUACUGCUUGAGCAACAGACUGCAGUCCCAGCGGAUCCAUUUGACCGCACAUCAAGGGCGAGGUGGUGGAAAGUGACUGAUAUGG